AUGGAGGGCACCGUCCUUGUUGUCGCCAUCAUUAUCAUCAUCUUCGCCUUUUCCCCUCUCCUCUUCCCCCUCAUUUUUCACCUUUCCAUUGUCGGCGCUGUGGCUGUCAUCGCCACGCGGUGCGGCAGUCUCGUUGCUGCGUUGCAGCUCCACCCACUCCUCUUCCGGCAAGGUGCGGCGGCGGCGGCCGCCGCGGAGGAGGCGGCGCAACCCCCCAAUGGCGCCUGUAGCUCUCCUGCGGCACUUUGGAAGGUGUCGCGGCACGAACGUCGUCACCGUCACGUCAUCCAAUGCAGCCGCAGCACCGACGGAGAAGAAACGCGAUAUAUUCUGCACACUGGAGCGGUUGUUAUCGCACUCAAGGAAUACUGUGAGACGACGCGCCGACACGAGGCACUGCAGCAGCGCUGA